AUGUCUACUUUCGGUAAGUUCUUUCGUGUAACCACUUACGGUGAAUCUCACUGUAAAUCAGUCGGCUGUAUAGUCGAUGGUGUACCACCAGGAAUGACAUUGACUGAAGAAGAUAUUCAACCGCAAUUGACAAGAAGAAGACCAGGUCAAAGUAAAUUGUCUACUCCAAGACAAGAAAAAGAUCGUGUCGAAAUUCAAUCUGGUGUAGAAUUUAAUAAGACUUUAGGUACUCCAAUCGCUAUGAUCGUUAAAAAUGAAGACCAUAGACCAAAGGAUUAUUCAGAAAUGGAUCUUUACCCAAGGCCAUCCCAUGCUGAUUUUACCUAUUCGGAAAAAUACGGUAUCAAAGCUUCAUCCGGUGGUGGUAGAGCUUCUGCAAGAGAAACUAUCGGUAGAGUUGCUGCAGGUGGUAUCGCUGAAAAAUUCUUAAAACAAGUAUCAAAUGUCGAAAUUGUUGCAUUUGUCUCACAAAUUGGUGAAAUUAAAAUGGAUAGAACCUUUAAUGACCCUAAAUUCCAACAUCUUUUGAAUACUAUAACUAGAGAAAAAGUUGACUCUAUAGGUUACAUCAGAUGUCCCGAUGUCACUGUCGCUAGUGACAUGGUCAAAGAAAUUGAAAAAUACAGGGGUCAAAAGGACUCUAUCGGUGGUGUGGUCACAUGUGUAGUGAGAAAUUUACCAACUGGGUUGGGUGAACCUUGUUUCGAUAAAUUAGAAGCAAUGCUAGCUCAUGCAAUGUUAUCUAUUCCAGCGUCUAAAGGUUUCGAGAUCGGUUCAGGUUUCCAAGGUGUCAGUAUACCUGGUUCCCAACAUAACGACCCAUUCUAUAUGGAUGAAGAAACUGGAAGAUUAAGAACAAAGACAAAUAACUCAGGUGGUACCCAAGGUGGUAUCUCUAAUGGUGAAAAUAUUUACUUCUCUGUGCCAUUCAAGUCCGUCGCCACCAUCUCUCAAGAACAAAAGACCGCAACUUACGACGGUAAAGAUGGUAUUCUUGCCGCCAAAGGUAGACAUGAUCCAGCUGUCACCCCAAGAGCAAUUCCAAUUGUGGAAGCAAUGACUGCUUUAGUAUUAGCUGACGCUCUAUUAAUUCAAAAAUCAAGGGAUUUUGCCAGAAGUGUUGUCAAUUAA